AGUAAUCACCCAGUAAUAUUACCCAUCGCUCAUAGCCAUCAUCAUCCAUCAAUCUACUCCGGACUACAGAUUAGUUAAAAAGCAAGUUCAAACCCUCCAGAACCCAUACUUCCUUUGGUUUCUGGACUGUCUUAUAUCAGCGGCUACCAUAUAACUCUCACGUACCUUCCCAUAGUCACUGCAACCUUCGCCGUUCCACUUCUUGGGUGCAACCAUUCUGGCCAUUACUCAUUACCUCGUCUUCCCAUGCGACUGACGUCUCGCAUUGGUCCUUGAUCUUGUCCACCCGUUGGCCUUUGCAAACCUUCAGUCUCCUUCUCCCCGACAUCGUUAUAUCAUCGACCAACUUUAACGCAUUGUCGAUCCCUUGAACUACUACUAUUGCAGCACCCCAGAACACGAAUGAACAAUCACUGGAAGAAUCUCACGUACCAACCCGGCUUCUAAUUUCCAGUAGUCUUAAGAUUAUACCUAUUCUACUUUUACUCCUUACAAAUUACCCUUUUUAUUUUCUUAUUAUUGCUAUUGUUAUUCUGAUUUUUAUCAUCUCGAUUCCUCUGGUCUCCUCUCUGUCUCCUACUUGUUACUUUUUCCCAUUCCCGCCCAUAUCUAUACAGCUGUACUACACAAUGACAGCACGCCAAUCAUCACCUACAUCAGAACACUCUCAUUCGGACAGCAAUGUUCGCAAGAGGGUAUGUAAGGCAUGCGAUCGGUGCAGGCUGAAGAAAUCCAAGUGUGAUGGAGGCAACCCAUGUGGUCGCUGUAGGACAGACAAUGCCAUUUGUGUCUUUGGCGAGAGGAAGAAGGCUCACGAUAAAGUGUACCCGAAGGGAUAUGUUGAGAUGCUUGAGCAACAACAAGCGUGGCUAGUCUAUGGGCUUCAAGAACUAUAUCGACGCACCAGCGAAGGCGAAGGGUGGCCUGGGGAACCGUUGAAAUGCGAAGCCAACGGCCACCCUCUCACUCACGAUCUGCUCACCCGAUUGGGCGCUUUGGACCAGAGCAAGGGCGAGCGUUUUGAGGAGAACACCGACUCUAUGCAGCAAGACCUAUGGAAGCAGAACGCAGGGCAUAUGCAGCGCCAGGACUCGUCAGACGGCAGUUCAGAAAGUGCACAAUCACCCGUUCUUCCCACCCGUUUCCCAGACGCUUUUACGCGACAACCACUUACUCCGCCUACGUUCAGCCCUCCUUUGCGGCAAGGACCUACAAUCAAGACGGAACCUCAAAUUGUGCCCAAUACGCCUAGCUUCAUCCCGCCGAUGGCUAUGCACGGGGACGUGGUCAACCCUCUCGCGUUACAAGAUCCGCAACAAUGGCCGAGCAGCUUAGGGAGUUUCGACGACAUGGACCUGAUGGCGACUGCCGAUUACAAUAACCUGUCAUUCGAUGACCCAGUCUCUUCUCCGAUGUUCAAUCGCCAAAUUCCUAUGAAUUGCAUAUCGUACAUGGAUGCAAAGAAUGACUACGAAGAUAUUAGUCAAUUCUUGAAUGCGAAUCCACCGGAAAUAACGUCUAGCUGAGCCGCACAUAUCGACGGAGAGUAACAUGCUAGCGAAGCAUGGCUUUUCUUCUGCCUCGACGCUACUUGCAUACGCCUAUGACGUGACGCAUGUACAUUACACAUGUUUUUCUUCGAUUUACU